AUUAUCUCAAGAAAUAUCUCGACAAAGGCUAGACGGAAUCCUAUGAUGACUUCCAGUAGAAGAAAUGAGCAGGCUUCACUGCCAUGUCCUGCCUAGGUAUAGGCUAGGGGCUCCAACAUUUAGUACGUUUUAUCCUAUCACCUAAAGCCCUCUGACUUGAUUAAAUGAAUCAUCAAGCUAGCAUUGCCAAAGAUCACUCUUGGUUCGGCGAUGAUUAUACCCCCUUCGAAUCAUAUAUUAGAAGUAUAGACGGCAGCGAGUUUAAGGUCAUUGGGAUUAGGACUGUGGCCCUUCUUACUAAGGUAUCGCCUAAUAAGACUAGGCCACGCUCUCAUGGCACUCUCCGAUUGAUAAAUGUGUUGCAUGUCCCCAGCGUUUUUUGUAACAUCGUCGGGUAGCCCAUUCUAAAGGGGUACAACAUAAUUACUCGUGGCAUCGAAGGGACCAUUAUGGC